CUCAUCCGGCGUUGUCGGCAUUGAUCGCUGUGCCUAGCCCUCUAGAGGUAUAAGUGUUCGUCGUCAACAUAGAAUGAGGGAUACGAAUAGAAAAUUUUAUUUAAGUCUCUUUCGAAUUCGAAGCUAGCAUUAUCAUGAGUUCAUUCAUUCUGAAUAAAUGAGAUUGCUCAAAAGAAUCGAUGAGAUUGAGACGAUCGAUCAUGUUGUUGACGAGUAAGAGAGAAAUUAUGACUGGCGACGAGAGAGUGAAAGUAGGCUUUUGUCUGUUUUUUUGGGCGGUGUUCUGUUUUGAAAAAAGAUAUAGGUAUUUUUGUGGCGCAUCGUUCUGACUAUGAGAGAUGGGACCUACCUACUUGUCUAUGGUUGUGCGUAUGAACUCAGGUGAAAAAUUGUCCCUUUAAUAUCAUUGAAAUCGGAAAAAAAAUGCAGUGCAGGAGGGAGGGAGCUUGUGGCAUCUCCACACAGUUUUACGGGUUUUUCUUGCUAAUUUUUUAUCCUUGACUCAAGCGUCAUAGUCUUGUAGUUCCGUUUUUAAGGGAAGGAAUAAUAUCAAAGAUAGCCUCAAGUUCUAGUACAAAACAAAAGUCUUGAUGAAGAUUUCUUUGUUCACCAAUAAUUGUUGAACUAGUUUUCGUCAGUCGUCGUGAUCUUAUUCGAGUCGAAUAUAUGCUUAGAGUAGAAGGCUCGUGCCCGUUGUAGUUCUAGUUGCUCAAAACUUCUACUCGAAAAGCAAAAGAGAAACAAGAUAUCCUCGAUUGUCUCUUUCCCUCUAUUAAAGAAACAAAUAUAUAUAGUGCAUCUUCUCAACAAAAAAAUCGUCCAUAAGCAUCCGUGUUGAACUACUCCUUGGUUGGUUUUUAGGUGUUAGUUUUGAAAUAAGCGAGGUUUUUUACUUCAAUCCGAAAAUUUUCCAAGAUGUUGGCCCGUAACUUCGUUCGACGCUUGGCACCGCGGGCGCCGCCUGUGGGUGCCCGAACAUUUUCCACCGCAAUGCAGGAGUUCAAAGUCUACAGGUACGACCCGGAAAGUCAGCAGAAGCCAGAAAUGAAGAGCUACAGCAUCGACCUGAACACAUGUGGUACUGAACUUUUUCUUGAGCAGAUUGUUUUUGCUACUUCUGUACUUCAUAACAUUGGAUGGCCCAGUGCGUGUACGGUAGGCCGUCCUGAAUGGGCUCACUUUGGUCUCUACGUACUUGGUACUGCUUACUCAUGGACAAAAAUGAUGAUCCUGUUUUCUUCCAACAUAGUACUUCGAAACCGUCAAGGUAACCCUGAUUCGUUUUCAUCCCUCAUUUUCAUUCAGGACCCAUGAUUUUGGACGCAAUAUUGAAGAUUAAGAACGAGGUCGAUUCGACUUUGGCUUUGCGCAGAUCUUGCCGUGAGGGUAUCUGCGGUUCCUGCGCGGUGAACAUCAAUGGUACAUUGAUCUUGCUAUUAGAUUCUGCAUUUUCCUUGUCCGUCGGGGUUGUAGCACCAAAAAAUCAUGCAUGUUUUACGACAUAACUUUCUGCGAAGGAAGACGAGCCAAAAACAGUCGUGGCAAAUCUUGAUAUAAUUGCUUGCUUUUAUGAAGCAAGCUCAGGCAUUGUUUGUGAACGCGUCAAUCACAUUGAUUCUAAACAGGUAAAAACGGUUUGGCAUGCCUGGAGUACAUCGAGCCAGGUACGAAGGCUAUCGAAAUCCAACCGCUUCCACACACGUAAUACCUUAUGAAUAUAUAAGAUAUACCUUCUGUCUUCCUUUUACCGUAGCGCCAACGGCAGAUUCGUUUUUGUGUGAAGAAGUAGUAUGAGAAUACAGCAACAAGAAACAAAGCAGGAACAAUAAUUAGGUGCUGCUGCUGGUGCUUUUCUCUACCUAUCAGUUUCUCUUUCGCGACCAUGCUUACUACAGGUACGUGUUGAAGGAUUUAGUGCCGGAUCUGACGAAUUUCUAUUCGCAGUACAAAUCCAUCGAGCCCUGGCUGAAGCGUAAGGAGGCGAAGCCGACAGGACCUAACGGCGAAGAAAUCGAGUACCAUCAGACACCGGAAGAGCGACAGCUUCUCGAUGGCCUCUACGAGUGCAUCCUCUGCGCGUGCUGCUCGACCUCUUGCCCGAGCUACUGGUACAAUUUUGAGUUGAAAUUUUCUUUCGAUUUUUUAUGAUUGAUAUAUUUGAUGUUCUGUGCAGCUGGUAAGAUUAUCUGAUAGAAGAUAAUUGAUGUUCUGUGCAGCUGGUAUCUGAUAAUAGAACAAGAAGUAGAGAAAUUCUUGUUUUUCUUGUUCACUGGAAUCGAUGUCAUCAGAUUUACUCAUCUCACUCAUCAUGUUGGUCAAAAAAGUUAUGGUAGUCUAGAUUCGAUUUCUUUUUGCGUGAUGCCUACUAAAAGGUGGAAUCCGGAGUACUACUAUGGUCCGGCCGUGCUUCAGCAGGCCUACCGAUGGGUCGUCGAUAGCCGUGAUCAGUUUACGGAAGAGCGUCUUGCGUUCCUGAACGACACUAUGCGCCUCUACCGUUGCCACGGCAUCAUGAACUGCACUUCCUGCUGCCCGAAGGGUAUUUGUUACCUCUAUUUUUCUGCACUCGUUGUCGUUAUCGUCAUGGUCAUUGUCAGAUUGAUGAAAAUCAAUUCACAAAUGUAUACUUAUUAAGUAGCUAUUCAAUUAUUCAUUCAAUUUGUCAAGAACUACGUUGAUCCGACGGACUACUUAAGCAUCAUUUGCCCCUGCACCUUUGUCAGGUCUGGAUCCCGCCAAGAGCAUCGUGCAAUUGAAGAAGUUUGUAGAAGAGAAAUACAACCCAGAGUGGGAGAACAAGGUAGCUGAGGAGAUGAAGCAGAACGUCAACCGCGCUGGUGGUCUCAGCUAUGCCUAAGCUGCUGGGCUUAGACGGAUUUGAAGAGACAGGAUUACUGGGUAGACGAAAGAAGAAGAACUUCUAGAAGAUGAAGAAGAAAACAACUUCUCAGCAGGGUUGAUUGGCAGCACAAAUUGAAAACACAACAACUACUUACAAGAACUUUUUCUGUGGAUGUACAACUAGGGUGGAGGAAAAUUAAUUGCAUUCGCAUCUUCGAGUGUUAGUGUACAGAUGAAGGCACAAGAAAAAGCAGGAUGGGGAUCGAUUCGCAGAACUGGUCGACAUCCAAACGGUGCCGCAUAUCAGGAGGAGCUAUGGAUAUGGGUGCAUUUUCGAAGAUGUGGAAGCACACCUAAAUAAAUGAUCUCAAAAUUUUUCAGGACCAUCAUGAUCAUAUUGUAUUUACUAGUUAUCGGAUACGGAUGCAGAUCUAUCAAAUUAAAAACCAGUCAUUCUGGAAUAUUCAACAUCGAGCCAGACUAUGCCAGAAGAUGAACAAGAUGAAUUUCAUCAAAGUUACUGAGAUACAAGCACAAGGAACAAGAAACAGGUCAAUUUGAAUGUAGAACGAUUAGCACAGAAGUAGGACGGGUCGUCAGUAGUUGUGGAAAAGAAGGACGACUUUUUGAUAGCUUUAUUACAGUACUAAUUGAUUCUAGAGGAAAUAGUGAUGUAUUAUAUUUUUGAGAUUGUACUAGUCCCAGUAACCACUUUCUUACGAAUAUUACACAAGGAAGGCACCACUCCGUCGCCGGUAGCAUCAUGAAUGUUUGUGGUAUCUAUUUUGCUGAAAUGAAAUUAGGUUCUUCAUCACUCAACGAGGAGGAGUCUCGAAGGGGACAGAACCAAUAUAUUGAUUCCAAAGCAGCAUGACCAACAUGGAUGAACAACAGGCAAUGCACCGCUUUGGAUGUGUUGUUUUCGCUGCAGCGACAAACGGAACGGCGCGCACUAAAUCACUGAUCCUAUUAGGGUUUUGCCGUUUUGAUUUGCUCAGGAUGAAUAGAGACCGGACAUUAAGAAGUUUGAGUUACUCUGAGGCAUGGUGGCCAUACCUUACAAAAUUAUGCAGCAUGCGGACAACUACAACUAUUUAAGAAAGGACCUAAUUUUUAGACUUCUUUUGACUUUUCUUUGGUGAUCAGACGAAAUAUAUGUACCUACGGCACACCAGCAUCAAGUUUACUACCGACAUCUUCAUCAGUGACAUAGAUUAAGCAGACAUUAUCAUCUAGUCUUACUGCAACUCAUCAACAUGAUGCAUGCAUCAGUGAAUAGGACGUUUCAACAGUUUUUUGAGAAGGAUCCAAUUUGGGCCAGGUUACCAGCGUCGAAUUUCCUCAACGGUAACGAUAAAUGCCGUUGUUCCUCCUCGAUCCGGUGGAUUUUCCUUUAUAGCUUCACACAGCACUUCCACCGACUAGAAGUUGUAGUGGAAUACAGAAGUAGGUGGAUGUACCUCUCUACAGCGGUUGAUGUGGUGCUAGCUAUUAUACAUAUUUAUUCGAUUGUGAGAUACACCAUCAUUUAGUGCAGCCGUGUAGUGAUGCAGUGACAAUCUUUAUCUUAGAUAUGCUGAAUAAUGGAGUUCGUUAUUUUUUUUCUGAAUCGUUUCCGUCUUAUCGACUAGCCUCCACAAGCUUCGCCCGGCUUCAAGUUAGUUUAGCACUUUUCUGCGGCCUCCCACGGGCUACAGCCGCUAGAGUUGUAGAGACAGCCGGCGGGUGAGCUGAUGCACCUUACGAAUUGACUACGACAAGAGCCGAGUGCCGGCGGUGGCCGACUCAGAUGCGUCGACUCAUGUGCAGGGCAUUGCGCUGCCUUCGGUUUUUUUUUUGAGAUUGCCGGGCGGGUCAUGCAAAUUCUUAAGAAUUUGCAAGACCCCCACGGCAGUCCAACAAAAAAACCAGAAGAGAGCCACCAGACACGCACAAGAAUCCGCAAGCCCCAACGCACGCAAGCGCCUCGCGGUGGCGCCAGGCAAGAACGAGGGGCGACCUUGAUGGGCCAAACAAGACAAAGCAACGCAGGGCCGCGCUGCUUGGGUCUCUCUACGCGCUUACACCUGGCGGGGCUUCUUUGUUUCGUCAGAUGUCUCUCGUCAGAAACAGGCGGGCGCACUUCGCGGGGUCGUGCGGCGUCGCGCUUCGGGCUGUGGCUGAAGCCUCUCGGCUGGCUGACGUCUUUCACCAAGCUGGAGACUAAGGCUCUCCAUCAGGCUGAUGCUGUUCGUCAGCCCAACGCUCUGCGCCAGGCUGGCGGCGUUCGUCGGGCAGGCCGGCGCCCCUCGGCAGGCGUCUUGGGUCAGGCUGAGGCUUUUCGUCAGGGUCGGGCGACGUCUCUCGUCAGGCUGAAGCGCUUCGCCUGGCUGACAUUCCUCGCCGGGCCGAGACUCACGCCUUUGGUCAGGUUGAUGGCUUGCUUCAGCUCGGCGCCGUUCGUCAGGCUGAUGCACUCGCCAGCCAGGUGAGGCCUCUCGCCAGACCGGCGCAAUGCUUCGCCAGGCGUCUGCCUUGCGUCGGAGGGAACAGGCUGAGCGGGGCCUUUCUUCGGGCUGCGGAUGUCUUUCCUUCGUAAGAUUGACCCCGUUCUUUCGUCGGACUGACGUGCUUCGCCAGAUUGACCGCGUUCGCCGGACUGACGUCCUUCGCGAAAGGUCUUCGCUAUCUUCAAGGGCCUCGCGCCACAGGGAGGCCUCGCGUCAGUUUUUCUGGCGGAGGUCGUUCGUCAGAUGUCUGCUGUCGCGGGUCUCACUCUUGUCGUGUCGGAGGUCUUGGGCCCAAAGGUCGUCUUUGGUCCACGCACAGGUCGCCGGUGGUCCACAGGUCGCCUGUGGCCCAAAGGUCGUCUUCGGUCCAAAGGUCGGCUUUGGUCCAGAGGUCGUCUGUGGUCCAGAGGUCGCUUUUGGUCCAGCGGCCGUCUUUGGUCCAAAGGUCGCCUUACUUUGGUCCAAAGGUCGCCCUACUUUGGUCCAAAGGUCGCCCUACUUUGGUCCAGAGGUCGAAGGGUCGCCUUACUUUGGUCCAAAAGUCGCCCUACUUUGGUCCAGAGGUCGGCGCACUUUGGUCCAAAGGUCGGCUUACUUUGGUCCAAAGGUCGGCUUACUUUGGUCCAAAGGUCGCCUUACUUUGGUCCAAAGGUCGCCUUACUUUGGUCCAAAGGUCGCCCUACUUUGGUCCAGAGGUCGCCGGGUCGCCUUACUUUGGUCCAAAAGUCGCCCUACUUUGGUCCAGAGGUCGGCGCACUUUGGUCCAAAGGUCGGCUUACUUUGGUCCAAAGGUCGGCUUACUUUGGUCCAAAGGUCGCCUUACUUUGGUCCAAAGGUCGCCUUACUUUGGUCCAAAGGUCGCCCUACUUUGGUCCAGAGGUCGCCGCACUUUGGUCCAGAGGUCGCCUGUGGUCCCGCGGUCGUCUUCGGUCCCAAGGUCGUCUUUGGUUUCAAGGUCGUCUUUGGUCCCAGUGUCGUCUUAAGUCCCAAGGUCUCCUGUGGUCCAGAGGUCGCCUGUGGUCCAAAGGUCGCCCCUGGGUCAAAGAUCGCCUUUGGGCCAAAGAUCGUCUUUGGGUCAAAGAUCGCCUGUGCUCCAAAGGUCGUCUUUGGUCCAAAGGUCGCCUUUAGUCCGAAGAUCGCCCUUGGUCCAACGGUCGCCCUUCGUCCAAAGCUCGUCUUUGGUCCAAAGAUCGGCUUUGGUCCAUGUGUCUUUGGUCCAAGGUCUUUGCCCUUUCGGUGGGCGGUCUUUCGUUGGCUGUCUCUCUUUGGACUUUUCUCCCCAGCUUGCGCCCCCACCCCCGUCGGCCAUUUUUCUGCCUUCUUUUCUGGUGGUCUGCCACGGGGCCGCAACGUAAAUCCCAACAAGGAAACGGCCGGAGGCUAUCGGGCUUGAGACUGAGGGGAAAGGGCAGGAGACUAUGGGCAAUAGCUUCGCGAAAGAAGCUGACUAAUCUCCGGUGGGUUAGGCGGGGAGUUUUAUGGCGGCGAUCAAUGGCGAGAUUAAUAAUAUAGAUUAAUAAUAUAGAUUAAUAAUAUAGAUUAAUAAUAUAGAUUAAUAAUAUAGAUUAAUAAUAUAGAUUAAUAAUAUAGAUUAAUGAUAUAGACUAAUGAUAUAGAUUAAUGAUAUAGAUUAAUGAUAUAGCUUAACGAUAUAGCUUAACGAUAUAGCUUAACGAUAUAGCUUAACGAUAUAGCUUAACGAUAUAGCUUAAUAAUAUAGCUUAAUAAUAUAGCUUAAUAAUAUAGAUUAAUAAUAUAGAUUAAUAAUAUAGAUUAAUAAUAUAGAUUAAUAAUAUAGAUUAAUAAUAUAGAUUAUUUUUUUGUUAUGUUUUUUAUCUAUCAACUUAUAAUAAUUACGAUGUAAAAAUGGAAUUAUAGAGGACUUCAUGAGAAGCCCUAGCACGAUGUCAUUCAGCAUAAAACACUUCGGAAGAAGCAGAACUCGACUUUAGGAGAAGGAAGGUG